AUGGCUUCUGCCUUCACUUACACUGCGGUGCCUGCCAAAGAGGAAGUACACGUGCAUGAAAGUGACCUACGAGCAGCACACGAAGAUGAUGCGCCAAAGGCGUUGCCACCUUCUCGAUGGAAGACCUGGAAGGCGGGCGUCGCUGCGUCCACAGCCUUGUGCUGCGCUGUACUCAUCACCAACAUAAUUCUCACCGUAUUCGCCUUCCAGCAAUUCGCGGGCAGUAUGAUGGCGGGCAUUGGCACAAUCUUUCAAGGUUCAUGCAACUCCGUAAAUGCCUGGUCUACUGGUCUCCACGUUAUCAUCAACGUCUUGAGCUCCGCGAUGCUUUCGGCGUCGAACUACACCAUGCAAUCAUUGGCAGCUCCAACACGAGCUGAAAUCGACAAAGCCCACGCGAACAACGAGUCAGUCGACAUUGGCCUGCUGAGUUUGAGCAACAUUAUGGGCAAAGUCUCGGCAUGGCGGACCUGCGCCAUUUGGAUACUGGCUCUUACAAGCCUCCCAAUUCACCUGCUGUACAACUCUGCUAUCUUCAAGACGAUUGACAAUAACGUCUAUGACAUCUUUCUGGCCGAGGAGAACUGGUUGAACGGCGCGCCUUUCACCGCCACUAAUCUACUCUCUGAUGAUGGAGGUCCCGACGGAAGAUUAUAUACCUACAACUCGAGCGGUCGAUACUACCCGUGGGUGAAUGAGAUGAUACGGGACUAUGGUCCAUCCUACGAUUACCUACGGGAGAAACAGAAGUGGUUCAGCGAAAACUUCCGCAACGGUAGUGCGGUGCAAAGAUUCGACAACGCAGAUUGUAUGGCAAAGUAUGGACAGCACUAUAUCAGCGGUUAUGCUGAUAUCCUGCUCAUCACAAGUCCGUCCCCCGAGCAAGACAACAGGACAUUUCUAUGGUGGGGUACCAUCGACCAUGACAGAUGGCCAAAAGGCUGGAUUGAUCGGCGCCGAGAAACGUCUCUGGAUUGGGUCUUUCCGGGUGGAAACGAAGAAUGGAUUCGGGCUCAUCCAGAUCGAUGGAGCGCAAACAAUCGCAUCAUUGACUACUGCCUCGCCAGGAUCAACGAGCCGAAAUGUGAGCUGCAGUUCACGGUCCAAGUUCUGUUCGUGGCCAUUGCGUGUAACGCUGCAAAGAGCGUCGUAAUGCUCUUUACGUUGUUUCUGCACCGAGAGGCAAUACUGGUCACCAUCGGUGAUGCGAUUGCCAGCUUCUUGAAAACAUCUACUACGACAGGGACCAAGCGCGAGGGACGCAAGAUCUCGAAGAAGAUACUCCGAUGGAGGCAUACUUCACCCUUGCAUUGGUACUUCACCAUCCCACUCUGCCUCGGCGGCAUAAUCACGGCAUCAAUCUACCUCCACAAAGGCCUUACUUGGACAGGCAUCAAUAGCUCAACCAGGCCCUCGCUGGCGACGAGUGGCUUCGGCACACUGAAUCCCAGCUCUAUCAUCGGCGCUGGGCCUGCACAACGCGGCUUCAAAGGUCUCAUUGGCUGCAUCAUCCUAGCCAAUGUACCACAAUUGAUCUGCAGUAUCCUUUACAUGGCCUACAACGGUCUCUUCACCUCCAUGCUUCUAGGAGCCGAAUGGAGUAGCUAUUACCUCCGAUACAAGCCUCUUCGUGUAUCGAGACCAACCGGGCAACAGCGAUCGACGUACUACCUUCAGCUGCCUCUCCGCUACAGUAUCCUCCUCCUCAUCGCAAGCACAACUCUCCACUGGCUCAUUUCGCAAUCUUUCUUCCUCUCCCGGAUCGUCGUGUACCGUGAAGGUGUCGCCAUCGAUCCUCCUGGUCAGGAACAAAGUCGCGUCGCGUUUUCUUGUCUUCCUAUUCUUAUCGUCAUCAUUUUAGGAUCUUUGAUGAUUCUGGUUGCGAUUGGUUUUGGGCAAAGGAAAUUGAAGAUGGGGUCUAUGCCUUUCGUCGGGUCGGAUUCGAGGAAGAUUCAACAAGCAUGUAUCGCAAUGAGAGGGGAUGAAGGCUUGGAGGAAAAGCCGAUUGCGUGGGGGGAGGUUGAUGUGGAUUUGGAGCAAGAUCAGCAGGCGGUGGUGUAUGUGGAUGGAGCCGCGCUAUCAGAGAGAAAGAAGGUCUGUGGGUUCACGAGCUUACCGGUGAGGGAGCCUGUUGGGAGUGGGAGUUGAGGUGAGCAACAAGAUCACAGGGAAGGACUGCACCGAUUCCACACCUUCACCCACCUUUGCCAUCAAAUGCUGCUGCUGCUGCUCAGACGCGCUCCUUGCAGUCUAGG